AUGGAUGACGACUCGUUCCCUGAAUGGCUACGACCCCCUGAUACGCGUGCACGGCGAAGCCCUCGCGACCCGUUACUAACGCCCCCCGACUCUCCGCGCAAGAGAGUGCGCAAAUUACGAGAUUCAGAAGACACUGAUGGCGAAAUGACGAUUGAGUCAUACUCAUAUCGAACAAACCCAUACAGAUCCUCGACGAUCCCGAAUCCCCCGCCUUAUCCUGUUAACAUCACAGAGGUUUCAGAUGAGAACUUCCAACCCCACUAUACGCGGAUUGAAGAGAUAUUAUACCAGCAUGGAUUUCCAAACAUCCAUAAUUUAGUAGAAGGAGACAUCGUCAACUACAGUAAAGGGAGGUUCCAAGUCGCGAAGAUGUCAAAGCCGAACUAUCCUGGUGGCGAGACUCCUAGGAAUGUCUUUCUGAUACUAUUCUUUGAUGGCGGACUCCCGAAAUAG